AUGGCGGAUCUCAGCCCCUCGGGUCGGCCUGCGAAGAAGCAGCGCUUAUCCGGCGAAUACGGCACCGCCACCCACGACCAAACGCCCGGCGACUCGAGCCCCCGAGCAGCAGCCUCCCGCCCCCGAGCGCUUCUUCUCCGACCCGGUGGUCCCGAGUCCCCUGAAAAGCGUGGUGGCCCAAUCAUCCCCGCUCCCCGCCCACCGCCUCCCUCCUCCCCUUCACAAUGGCAGCAGGCCCGAAUCCACACGGCGUGCCACGCCCCCGCGGCGUCGUCGGAACCGCCGACCCUGCAGCACGAAUCUUCGUCCGUGGCCUUUGACCCCGAGAUGUUUGAGAGCUUCGUCGGACACAAGGUAGAGCCCGACGUUCUCGACCUCAUCCGGCAGCAUAGCAACGGGAACCUGGAAAGGGCCGUCAAUAUGGCUUCUUCCGCGGCGUCGGCGCCCGCAGCUCUGGAACGGGGCCGAUCGGCCGCGGCCGCGCUGCCCGAGUCCAACGGCCUGCCCUCCCGGUCCCGACAGCGGCAGCGGCAGCCGAGGUACAUUGGGGCGUUUGGCGUCGAGGGCUGGGCCACCCGGAGCGGCCACAACAUGCUGAGGCACGGAGACGCCGUCAAAAUUGAGCGGCAAAAGAUCCAGGCGCCCCAGACGACCCCCAAGGGCCAGAUCAAGAUUGGCGUUCCCAUCGUGACCGCGCGCAUGACCGCCGCCGCUGCUAGAAGAGUCGACGUGAUUGUGCGCUUCACCAACGCGGCCGGGGCGGAGCUGGGGAGGUUGUCCAAGGAGACGGCCAACUGGGUCUCCACGUUGAUGGAUCAGGGCAUUUGCAGGUUCGAGGGCGCCUGCGUCUACGCGCCGGAACGGAUGAGGACCAACGACACAAUCUUCCUGCAGCUCAGGGUCUACUUGCUGCCGUCCGCCUUUCAAGCCACCGUCCUCCAUCCUUCCGACGACAUCGCCACCAGCUUCCGCGAGGAGGACGAAACUACGCAGGAGAAGGACCUCCGCCUGCGGCAGGUCGCCCUCGUCAGGCUCUUCCAGGAGAUUAAUGUUCUCCCUUCCACCCUCAGCGCCCAAGACACGAAGCAGCAGCGUCAGGGUCUUCUCGAGGCCGCCGAGCUCGACGAAAAAGGGCAAGGAUCCCCCAAAGGCCAACAAUGCCAAUGCUAA